GAGGCGUGCUGGGCCCGCGCGGCCCGAGUGGCUGCGGCGGCCGCGGGCGGUGGGCGGAGCCGCGCGGUGCGGGCGGCAGGGGCGAGGCGACCCUUGGGUCCGCGCGGCGGGCCGGGAGCACAGGUAGGCGAGCCCGGGCCGCGGAGACCGCGCCGCCGCCGCCGCCGCCGCGCGCCCUCGGCCCCCCGCGUCCGGGCGGGGGAGUAGGAGAUGCCGACCCAGAGGGACAGCAGCACCAUGUCGCACCCGAUCGCAGGAGGCGGCAGCGGGGACCAUGCCCACCAGGUCCGGGUGAAAGCCUACUACCGCGGGGAUAUCAUGAUUACACAUUUUGAACCUUCGAUUUCCUUUGAGGGCCUUUGCAAUGAGGUUCGAGAUAUGUGUUCUUUUGACAGUGAACAGCUUUUCACCAUGAAGUGGAUCGAUGAGGAAGGAGACCCAUGCACGGUAUCCUCUCAGUUGGAGCUGGAGGAAGCCUUCAGGCUUUACGAGCUAAACAAGGAUUCUGAGCUUUUGAUCCAUGUAUUCCCUUGUGUGCCAGAACGUCCUGGAAUGCCCUGUCCAGGAGAAGACAAAUCCAUCUACCGCAGAGGUGCUCGCCGCUGGAGAAAGCUUUAUUGUGCAAAUGGUCACACCUUUCAGGCCAAGCGUUUCAACAGGCGUGCUCACUGUGCUAUCUGCACUGACCGAAUAUGGGGUCUUGGACGGCAGGGAUAUAAGUGUAUCAACUGCAAACUCCUCGUUCAUAAGAAGUGCCACAAACUUGUCACAAUUGAAUGUGGGCGGCAUUCUUUACCACCGGAACCAAUGAUGCCAAUGGAUCAGUCAUCUAUGCAUUCUGAUCAUGCACAGACAGUAAUUCCUUAUAAUCCAUCAAGUCAUGAGAGUUUGGACCAAGUUGGCGAAGAAAAGGAGGCUAUGAACACAAGGGAAAGUGGCAAAGCUUCGUCCAGUUUAGGUCUUCAGGAUUUUGAUUUGCUUCGGGUCAUAGGAAGAGGAAGUUAUGCCAAAGUACUGCUGGUGCGAUUGAAAAAAACAGAUCGUAUCUAUGCAAUGAAAGUUGUGAAGAAAGAGCUUGUCAAUGAUGAUGAGGAUAUUGACUGGGUACAGACAGAAAAGCAUGUUUUUGAACAGGCAUCAAAUCAUCCUUUUCUUGUUGGACUGCAUUCUUGCUUUCAAACAGAAAGCAGAUUGUUCUUUGUGAUAGAGUAUGUAAAUGGAGGAGACCUAAUGUUUCAUAUGCAGCGACAAAGAAAACUUCCAGAAGAACAUGCCAGAUUUUACUCUGCAGAAAUCAGUCUGGCAUUAAAUUACCUCCAUGAACGAGGGAUAAUUUAUAGAGACUUAAAAUUGGACAAUGUAUUGCUGGACUCUGAAGGACACAUUAAACUCACUGACUAUGGCAUGUGUAAGGAAGGAUUGCGGCCAGGAGAUACGACCAGCACUUUCUGUGGUACUCCCAAUUACAUUGCUCCUGAAAUUUUAAGAGGAGAAGACUAUGGUUUCAGUGUGGACUGGUGGGCCCUCGGAGUGCUGAUGUUUGAGAUGAUGGCAGGAAGGUCUCCAUUUGAUAUCGUUGGGAGUUCUGAUAAUCCGGAUCAAAACACGGAAGAUUAUCUUUUCCAAGUUAUAUUGGAAAAGCAAAUUCGCAUACCACGUUCUCUCUCUGUAAAAGCUGCCAGUGUCCUGAAGAGCUUUCUCAAUAAGGACCCAAAGGAACGAUUAGGUUGUCAUCCUCAAACAGGAUUUGCUGAUAUUCAGGGACAUCCAUUUUUCCGAAAUGUUGAUUGGGAUAUGAUGGAGCAAAAGCAGGUGGUGCCUCCAUUUAAGCCAAAUAUUUCUGGAGAAUUUGGUUUGGAUAACUUUGAUUCUCAGUUUACAAAUGAGCCUGUCCAGCUUACUCCCGACGAUGAUGACAUUGUGAGGAAGAUUGAUCAGUCUGAAUUUGAAGGUUUUGAGUAUAUCAAUCCUCUUUUGAUGUCUGCAGAAGAAUGUGUCUGAUCCUCAUUUUCAACUGUGCAUUUUGCUUGUCUCGCUCUUUAAUGCAUGGAUAAACUUUACGACCCUGGAUACAGUGAACCAUUUUAUAUUUGUCACCUAUAAAAAGCACUCAUUAUCUUCUACUGUUGACUAUAAGAGUCAAUUAGUACAUCUAAAUUUAACUGUGAAAAAAAUUAAAGCUAGUUUUCAGACAGCUCUGUCAGAAUUUAGUUACACUGGUAUUCCAGCAGCCUACUGAUGAGUAAUGAAGUUGUCUUUUUUUUGUUCAAAGGAAAUACCACUGCUUUAAAAAGGACUAUCUGUUGCAUUAAAGCACAUACCAGGAUCACAUCAUGAACCUACCAUGACUUUUGUUGUUCUCUGUUAAGUCAUUUAAGUGAAUUAAGUCAUUUAACUGACUCGUAAUUUUGGAAUAAAAGAUUAAUUCAAAAUACAACAUCUUGUUAUGUUACCUAUUAGUUUCGGAUUCUUUGUGUUUAAAAAUUCAACUAGAAAUUUUUAUCAUUGCCUUGAGAAUUAUUGGUGUUCAAGACAAUAGUUGUUAGAUUGGUACUAAAAUAUUUUGCUUAAGAAUUUGUGGAUACUGAAUUCCCUUGUGGAAAAUGCUAGGCACAUUUUAUUAUGAUUCAGAUUCCAAAUCAACAGCUUCUCUAGUUGAUGCAAGUGAUUUUUGUUUUUUUAAAGGAAGUUUUGAGUUUUUCCUUAUAGCCAGAACUUUAACAAGAGUGUUAAUGAAUGUAAUUGCAUGGACUCAUGACACAAUUGAUAGGAAUGUAUUUCAAUAGAAGUUUGAAAUAGAUACAGAAAAGUGCAAUGGUAAUAUUUAUUUCUUGUUGGAAAAUAAACCCAACAUGGUUUUUUUUUGUG